AUGAAAGAGAAAGAGCCGUUUAUGCUGGGAAGUAAUAAAUGGCUAUGCCAUUUACUCUAUUCUUUAAGCGAACGCACCACGGUUUCACCAUGUUUGAAAUGGAAAAAUAAGUUAAAGUUCAGAGAAGUUUUUGUGGUCCUCAUUGAUUUUCCUAAAGCUCAACAUUCAACACCGCCAUCAGGAGUUACUCCUAAAUACCCUGAAAAUUUUCAAGAAAAAUUGAAAAAAUUUGUUGAUGAGAGGCUCGAUUCGAAUGGACCGUCUUCGAAGCCAUAUCGUGAAAUAUCAAAUUCAACUCGUGAAUUUAGAUUAGAACAGGAUGCAACUGGUUAUGGUGAUCGUCUGCUUCUGAAUCGUCAUCAGACAAUUCAUUUAAUUAUUAAAAAAGCAAUUCAAUAUCGUAUUGACCAUAAUGGCUCAUCAAUGUCUAUCAAUCAAAUGCAAAAAGAGCUGAAACGAACUUAUUUUAUUAGCACUGAAACAAUUGCAUAUGUAUUAUCGCAGAUAAACUCACCAGAACAAGAUUUAUUUACAAUUGAAGCUAAUCCUCCUGUUCUAUCAACACAACAACAACAAACAGACAUAAAUAAAAAAAAUAAUAAAAACGAUGAUUCAGGAGAUAAGAAUGGUGGUAAAUCGUUAAAUUUGAAACAGAAAACUGGAAAGAUAAAAACAACGACAGCAACCGAUGAACAAAUAAAACAAAAAGCUACAACAAAAUGCACACGAAUUACAAGAUUUAUUAUCAAAGAAUUACAUGGUGGUAGGAAAGAGAAGAAAAGAUUGACUGUUAUUUGA